CAGAUUAUUAGGCUUUGCUCUAAGUUCAACUUCGCACAAUUCAUUAAUACUUCUACCUUGCAAAUCCUCAGCCCGUUCUGCAUUCUGAUUCACUAUGGCAAGAACAGGUCAUUCCACCAACAUGACUUCCGGAAGACACAGGGCGCGUCAACCACAGUCUCAGAAGCUCACAGACAAGGAGAUUUUGGAGUUGAAGAACUACCUUCCUGAGUGGACUGCCGCCAAAAGGAGUGAGAAGAGGGGGAUUUUCACUGCCAUAGCAAGGGUGGCCAGGUUGUUUGCUCCUAAGGUGGACCAAAAACAAUGGAAAAAGAGGAAGCAGGUGUACAAGACUUGGUUGUUCAACAACAAGAAAAAGAAGGAAAGGAAGGACACCAUCAACACGAACUUGCAGCAUCACUCUGUGUGCUAUCUGCAGCUAUCCCUAUAUGAGGCGCAGCUUUCCCGCGCAACGCGCGCCAUGCGCGCACCUUUCCCGCGCUUUAUGAUGUAUACGCGCGCACGCUUUCCCGCGCUUGAUCGCCCUAUAGCGCAAGCCUUCCGGAAGCAUCCAUCCACUGUCCACCAAGCUCUCUAUAUUGUUGUUUCUACAACGCCCAGGAUGGUGGUCUACCAGCAGAAACGCGAAGAGGUGCUGAAGAGGAUUGAGGACGAGUCAGGGGGUAAAGCCCGGAGAUCCUGGUAUUUGGAGAAGGCGAAAGAAACAGCGGAAGAGUGGUCCAACAACUGUCCGCCUCCGGAGAUACAAGCACAAGUCGCCCGUAAGAAGGGUCCGGCAUAUAUGGAGCACUUUUCGAACGAGAUGUGGAGGCAAUGUGGGAUGAGAGUUUUUGUGAUGUCGGCUUGGAAGAAUGAAAAGGGAGAGGUGCUGUUCGGGAUGCAUGAUGAUAACGAGGCCUUAGGAGAUGGGGACAGCUUCAUGAAGACGAAGGACUGGGAGGACAUUGAGCCAGUGUGGCAGGAGUACGCGCAGGAACAGUUCGGUGCCGGGGCACGGGAUGGAGGACUUCAGGUCAAGGGAGGUCGAAAAAGAAUUCGAAAACCAGCUUUCAAACUCGAAAUGGACAGGGAGGGUAUGCCACUCCUUCCCGACAUCACCGACACGAAACUUGAGGAGAAGAAGGCCAUAGGAUAUGUUCCGGGAAAGGACAAGGUGGUUGUACCAUGGAGUGCCAUUAUGUUUGACUUGAAGGAGCCUUCAAAGCUGCAAAAUUGGGACACGACUGCCUUGCUCCAUUUCUGGCAUGCUUGGCAGGAAACAGGAGAAGGUCCCACAUUUCUGUUCAAAGCAUGGAAGAACAAAGAUGGGGACAUGGUACCAUCUGUCAUAUCUGGCAAGUCGCCCUCUCCUCAGACUAGUAUAGUGAGAAAGCAGCAGAGGGUUACCAUCCGAGGGCCUCGGGAUUCGUCGACAGAAGCCGAGAGUGAUAAGGAGAGUGCCACUAAUCAUACGGAGGAUGAUGUGGAUGAUGACCUGGCUGACGGGAGACAUCCGCUGAAGAAACCCAGGAUGGGAGGUCCUACACCAAAAGGGAUGGCAGUCCCACAUGCAAUUCCAAAGCCUCGCCGGCCAAGCCGGCCAAAAAAGGUGCAUUACUGACAUCAAGAAUGGGCGACCUCCUUGCUGGGUUAACUGAAGACGCGACCAGAGAAGUUAGAGAGGAUGUUGAAAUGGAAGAGAGUAUCACGCCGCCGGCACAGAAAAGGGGGCGGGGCAAGAAAGUCACAGUUGAACCAUCCACGAGGACGACCCGGAGUAAGUUGCAAAUGCCAGUAGACAGUACACCUAGAGUAACCAGA